CGUCGUCGCGUAACCAGAGCCACUACGUCGGGUCGGGUCGACGAUCUAUCCGAUGGCAAGCCAGUGUUUCGACUUUUCUCGGCUUUUACGUCGGGUGUCCCGUUUCCAUCCCGACACCGUCGCCACCGUUACCGCCGCGGUUGUCGCCGUCAUCACCAUCGUCGCGUCAGCGUCGUCACGAUCCCGUCCGAUCGUUAAUAUCAGCACUACCUGAUCACGUAAAUCUCGUGUACAACAGUAAAGUUUAUCGCGUCAAACAUUUAUAUCAGUUAACCAGAAAUUGCACCAAAAUUUCUACCAGCAUUCAGCUCGCAGAUGACGCGCGACGUCGCCGAGCGGCAUCCAUCGAAGAUGAUUAAUUUUAUAAAUGUUAAUUUUAUAAACACCAUGAUAUAAGAAACCACCAGGACAUGUGCCUUUCCGCUUCCUAUUGAUCGGCGCGUUCCGACCGGCGCGACCAUAUUUCGCGGCCUGCAAAAGAUCUGCAUGAUGCGAGAUUAUUCAACGUAUAGUCGACAUACUAAAUAUCGAAAGCGAGACAGAGAACAUGAGAAUACCAUUGCGGCGGAAGGGAAAGGAAGAUAUCGCAUAACGGGUCUUCUCUUCAGUAGGUCGAUACAUGCAAUAGUUGACACCGAUUAGAAUGCCAUGGAAAAUGCACUUGUAUGUAUGUAUGACUGUGACAUUUUUCAAUAACGUCCGGUGUUAUUUUUUUAAUGAGUGAUCUUUUGUAAAUUAUAGACAGCAAGAAGAUUAUUCGGAGAAUGAAAAGAGAAAAGGGAAUUUUAAUACAACUCCUACAAAUGUUUAUCACGACCACUUUAAUCGGAACGCCAUUAAAUCACAUGUUCACACAUGAGAAGGUUACUUCAACAUACGCGGCGUAUUCUGUGCUUUUUACUGACUUAUUGAUCGGCUUAUCGUUGUAUCGAUGAUAAAAGUUAAGCUCACCAAUUAUCGUUAAGAUAUGUUAUGAACAGAUAAAUUCACGAUAGAUUCCAUUCUAGCGCGGAAUGGAACAUAUAGAGAAUAAUUCAUCCUUAAAAUUCUUUUCGCUUAAUUGAUUCUGAAAACAUUUCAAAAUACAAUAAUUUAAAAGUAUAAUAAUUAAAUUCUGAAAUAAUUACUGCAGAUACUUUAAGUUCGUUUUUUUAACAUGUUUGAAAUCCACUUUAUCUUAAAGUCACGGAAACAAGAAUAAAAGAGUGGUGUCGCGUGUUUCCGCGGAAGCGCGAAAAGUUUCUCUCUUGUUUUUAACGAUGAUACCAAGUAGUAUCAAUGCAGGAUGUUCCGCAUUGAUCCCGCAUCUUUAAAGGAGUAUACAUAUACAACACUGCAGGACUACACAUAUCUAUCCUAUGAUGAAGCAAGCGAACUAAUGCACUCGAUUAACUAUAUAGUGCAGUGAGACGCACGAAUACUUAACUAACUUGAAUAAGAAGCAAGCGAAUAUUAACAACAUGAAAAUCUUAGGAUUCCAAACUGUCCUGUGAAAAGUUCACAGCCUCUAAAGGAAUUUGUUGGUCGCUGCCAAACUAUGCCAUCACGAGUGAAGAAAUCGUUUUGCGGCUGCUUACAAGAUGACGAGCCACCGGAAAUCACAUAUUGCGUUGUGGAGCACACGGGUACACUCACGCUACAAGCAAUGACGCCAACCUUACCAAUGCCAGCCGAGGAGGAGCUGAAUAAAAUGUUUCUCGAACUUGUCGACGAACUGGACCUAACCCAAACCAAUCGACAAGCAGUUUUGGCACUUCCAGCCAAUAAAAAGUGGCAGAUAUAUUGCUCCAGAAAAGGUAAUGGCACUUUGGACAACGGCGGCUUACGCACCACUGACCUUAGCGGUGAUCCCGAGGACUAUAUCAAUAGAUUGAAGAUGAUAGCAAAUAAUCCUUUUCCGGAAGAAGAUGAAGAAGUAUCGAAUCAAAUGCGUCAAGCAGAAGCUUUAAAGACUGCUCUGAGGACGCAGCCGCACAGCUUUGUUCUCAGAUUUAUAGAACUAGAUGGUUUAAACGCUUUAUUACAAGUAUUAGGGACUAUGGAUACUGAAGCAGCUAAUAGUAAUCUCCAUACCAGCGUUAUAGGAUGUUUAAAGGCUUUAAUGAAUAAUUCGAAUGGUAGAGCACAUGUGUUGGCACAUCCAACGGCAAUCAACACAAUAUCACAGUCGCUCGCAUCUGAGAAUAUAAAAACGAAAAUCUCUGUACUAGAGAUCCUCGGUGCAGUCUGUUUAGUACCAGGCGGUCACCGAAAAGUUUUAGAAGCUAUGUUGCACUUCCAACAAUAUCAUUCGGAAAGGACGCGCUUCCAGUACAUAAUUAAUGAUCUUGAUAAAAAUUUCGGCAUCUAUAAAGAUAAUCUAUCCCUAAAAACAGCGAUUAUGUCAUUUAUCAACGCCGUGCUAAACUACGGGCCUGGUCAAGUUACGCUGGAGUUUAGGCUGCAUCUACGUUAUGAGCUACUAAUGCUCGGAAUACAACCUAUUAUCGAGAAACUGAGAAAAUACGAAAAUGAAACACUCGAUAGGCAUCUCGAUUUUUUUGAGAUGGUACGAAAUGAAGACGAGAAGGAGCUCGCCAGGAAAUUCGAAAAGGAACAUGUGGACACUAAGAGUGCUAGUGCCAUGUUCGAUCUUUUGCGACGGAAACUCAGCCAUACUGCUGCUUAUCCUCAUCUUCUUAGCUUACUUGAACAUUGUCUCUUGUUGCCACUGGAUUAUGGUUCGCAUCCUCAACAUUGGUUGUUGUUUGAUCGGAUUGUUCAGCAGAUCGUUUUACAGUCUGAAAGCAACGAGACAGGAUUAAUAAAAAAUCCUGAUGUGGCCCCAAUAGAAAUAAAUGUGAAGGAGAUUGUUCAUCUUCUCGCAAAGGAAGAAGAACUUGUGGCUGCAAGGAAGAAGGCCGAGGAAAUGGAACGCGAAAAUUUGGACAUGUCCACGAAACUGGCUAAGAAGGAGCAGGAACUAGAUCUGAGAAGUCAAGAAAAAGAAGAUAUGGAAGCAAGUUUAGUAAGGAUCAAAGAACGUCUUGAAAAAGAGACCUCAAUGCACAUAGAGACAAAACAAAAAAUUUCUGAAUUGGAAGAUAGCCUUGAGACGUUGUCGCGACAAAUUAAUAACGAGAAAUCUGAAAGGAAACGUCUAGAACAAUUGGUAGCUUCAGGAAGUUUGCCAGAUGAUGCGAAAGCCACUUUAAAAAUUGUAGAAGAUGAAGUACUCGAAAAGAUUGAGACCAAACCCACUCCACCACCACCACCACCUCCUCCAUUAGCACCUCCGCCACCUCCUUGUUUGAUGCCGGCUGCUCCCCCGCCUAUGAAGGUGGAGAUAAUAAAGAAUGUUCCACAGCCGAGUAAUCCUUUGAAAUCGUUCAACUGGUCGAAAAUACCUGAGCAGAAGUUGCAGGGUACAAUAUGGUCAGAGUUGGACGAUACGAAACUUUACAACGUAAUGGACCUCGAGUCUAUUGAUAAGAUCUUUUGCGCUUAUCAAAAGAAUGGCGUUUCCACGGAAGGCUCGAUAGAAGACUUGAGGACAUUAGGAAAGAAUAAGAAGACGAUGUCAGUAAUCGAUUCGAGAAGAGCGCAGAAUUGCACUAUACUGUUGUCGAAAUUGAAGAUGUCUGAUAACGAAAUUACUAGAACCAUAUUAUCGAUGGAUCAGCAGAAUAUUUUGCACAUCGAUAUGGUGGAGCAGUUGCUAAAAUACAUACCAUCCUCGGAAGAGGCUGCCUUGUUAGAUAUCCAUCAAAAGGAAUUGCAAAACAGGGCUGACUGUUUCUUGUAUCAAAUAUCAAAGGUGCCGCAUUAUGAACAGAGAUUGCGUUCUCUUCAUUACAAAAAGAAAUUUGCAGCUAGCAUUGCGGAACUGACACCGAGGAUGCGGGCAGUUUUAGAAGCAAGCCGACAAGUAGCCAGAUCAAGGAGACUCAGAAAACUUUUGGAAUUAGUUUUAGCAUUGGGAAAUUACGUGAAUCGCGGGAAUGCGCGGGGUAACGCCUGCGGCUUUCGAUUAGCUUCUUUAAAUCGUCUAGUUGACACAAAGUCUUCUUGCUCCAAGGGUACAACUUUAUUACAUUAUCUUGUGCAAAUUCUCGAAGCUAGAUUCAGAGAGGUUCUAGAUAUCGAAGAGGAUAUGCCGCACGUUAAAACAGCUGCUAAAGUUAGUAUGGCCGAUUUGCAGAAAGAAGUGGCCAAUUUGAAAAACGGACUGCAGGAUGUUCAAAGAGAAAUAGAAUUUCAUCGAGGUCAAUCUCAAGUGCUUCAGGGUGAUAUGUUUUUACCAGCGAUGAGGGACUUCCAGGCGCAAGCCACGUGUAGAUUAGCAGAGGCGGAAGACUUAUUCCAAGAUAUGAAAACUAGAUUUGAUCGAGCAGUGAGACUGUUUGGUGAAGAUUCGGCUGGCGUUCAACCAGAUGAAUUCUUUGGCAUUUUUGAAAACUUUUUACAAGCCCUAGCUGAAGCAAGGCAAGAUGUAGAAAAUAUGAGGAAGAAAAUCGAAGAAGAGGAACGUAGAGCAAAGCAAGAACAGGAACUCCGGAAGAGAACGAUAGAGAGAAAGAACUCACGAGAAGGUAUAUUAAACAGCAUAUCGCUAAGUAAGAAGAACGAAACAAAUAGUAACGGACAACAGAAUGAUAACAAAGGCGAAUUCGACGAUUUAAUAUCUGCUCUUCGAACUGGUGACGUGUUCGGCGAGGAUAUCGCUAAAUUCAAAAGAUCAAAACGACGACCUGUUACGCCUAGCGGUCAAGAAUCACGCAGGCACAGCAUUCACAAGGAAGAUUCUCGAGAACGUCAUUAGAACCUCAAUAGGAUCAGAUAAAUCGCAUUUCUCAGCAUACAAAUUUUUCACAUGCAAAAUAAUUGAUUUCUUAAAAAUUUAUCGCGUUAUUAAGAGCAUAUUGUAGCUAAUCUAAUUACAAAUAUAGUUAACAUUCCAAUUAACAGAUAAAAUUAUUACAAUUUAUAGGCACCCGUGUGACAUUACAUACAAAAUUAAGCCACAUAAAAUUAAUUUAAUAAAGCACUUACAUACAUAUCGUAUAAAUAACAUACGUGAAAUAUUCUUUUGACGCGAAUCUAACCCGAGGAAACCUAGAAAUUUAUUGUCUUUCAACGAUUUUAGAAAAAUUUUACAGAACACAAAAUUUCGCGGCGCACAUUUAUACUUACGUCAAAUAUAAAUGUAAUACUUUUUGUAAAACUUUUUUAUGACAAAUUCAACCCUAUUGUUAGACAUUUUCUAACAAUACAGAAUCUAUACUAUUAA